AGUAUGUACUGUUAAUAUGAUAUAUGGAAAUAAACUAUCAAAGACGCCAGUCUGACAUAGUUUCGCUUCGGCCAAAACGUCAAUUCCACUUUUAAGACGGAAUCUGUAAGUGCAUCGAAAACGGCAUUACAUGACCAAAAAACGUGGACAGUUAACCAAGGUUUCCGUUUCCCAAUUGACUUGACUUUUUGCGAUAUAAAGCGUGUCGAGGAAAUGUCCGAAGCAUUUGUGUAUUUGAUAUGUUUUUAAAAUUUCGAUUUCUGAUCGAAAAAUUGUCGUUGGUCUCUCUCAAGAAAAGGGAAAACUAAGUUCUCCAUAAUCGAGAUGUGAGCGCUUUUCCCACGUGGAAUAUCAUAUUACGGCUCGAAUCCAAAUAAACUCAUAAAAAUGUGAAACAAAAAGUUAAUUUUUCGAUCAGCAAAUGGUUUUAGAAAUUGUACCAGAUACAUGGUGUAUUAUUCCCUUUUUCAUAGAGGAUGCAAAUAUCGCAUUUAUGUUGACGUAGAAUCCAUACUCAUAGUAUAAAUUGGUGAAUACUAUUUAAAUACCUGACAUUUUGGAAGUAUCUCUUAUGUUUAACACUGGUCAACAACGUUUUUCUUAUUGAAACUGAAAAAUUUGUGAGUAUCAGUUCUGGAAGAGCCGACACUUUUAAACCUUUCUAAUGUAUCUUCAACAUUUUAGACCUCGGUUUGAUAGAGAUAGUACGCUAAGACACCAUAGGAGGUCAGAUGGUGGCAUCUUACAGUAAACAAUCCUCAAAUCAUUUUUACUAUUCUUUCUAAAUUUGCCAUUAUGAACUAACUACGCAUUAAGUUUGAUAAAUAGAAGAUAAAUUAAUAAAUAAUAGACGGUUCUCAGUAGAACAACUACUCGCGUAUAAAGAGCGAUGCUAGAUUUUGGUAAUAUAAAUAAAAAUUUGAUUUGUCAAGUUUGUUUUUCUUUUUAGUGUAUAAUCAUACUUCUAACUAUCAACUCAUUCCACAAUUCGGGCGCUGGAAAUUCCAAAUGUCAAUGUUCAGCAUUUCGACCUUGCUUUGAGGAUGUGACAUACUCUAACUUUAGUCAAGGAAUAGUUGGAACUGGAACGUAUAUCUCUUUGUUCGAAGACGGCGAAGUGAUUCUCAAACCCGCUGCAGGUGCAGAAUUUGUUGUACUACCUUCAACAGAUGAUUGGAGCAGUUUUCCAUUCUCAACUGGUGGUUCAUCUACCGUAAUAAAUGGUGUGCUUAUAGUUGAUGGUGCAAGAUUUAACACAGAGCCUUCUUCAAAGACUUUCAGCCGUAAUAGUACUAUAGAAUUUGUUGCUACUUUCAACGCGGCCACAUUCCAACACAUUGGUUAUGGUGCAGGCACUGAUAGCACUGGAACAAAUGGAAUUUAUGUUAAUCUGGAUAAUCCUUGGGCAAUUUUCAGUACAGGUACCUCUCAUCUAUACCGUAUUGAAUGGAUAUUCGACGGUAGUUUCAAAUACUAUAUUGAUAAUACACUAGUUUAUACCGAAACAACCGCUAAAAUUACUAGUUCAAUGCGUGUGGCAAUCAGUGAUUUUACUAAAGACGGUAUUAAGCUCAAGGUUGAGUGGAUCCAUGUAACACCAUACGCAUUCUCCGGCGUAUUUGAGUCGCGCAUUUACGAUGCAGGAUCAUUGGUUAAAUGGGGUCGAGCUACGUGGGCAACAGAGUUACCAUCUGGUACAAGCCUUCAAGUGAAACAGCGAACGGGAAAUACCGCUAUCCCUGAUGGCACGUGGACGGCUUAUGCUAAUAUAGUUUCAAAUGGAACGAUUGUUGGUAGUUCAAGCAGAUAUAUUCAGUAUCAAGCUGUUCUUGCAACUGCUGAUGGUGCAAAAACGUCACUUUUGAAAGAUAUUCACUUCAAUUGUGCUGUUUCAAAGUAA